AUGGGUCUCCUGGACCUGGUGGCCUCAAACAUUGUUUCGCGAAUCAUUCGGCUGCUGAGUGACUUUGUGUUACUAGGGAUCUUCAACUUCACCAAGAAGAAAAUUCUGCAAAUGGCGUUCCUGAGGAUGCUGGUGUUGCUGGUCAUUGGUGUUGCGGCUGCUGGGGCGGACUGCGGUCCAGAAGACGGGGCGUUCGUGUGUCGGGAUGUCUGCGGCGAGGAGGUGAGGGGUGCCGGAGGCUACGGACGCCGUGUGACGUUCAUCGGAGCAACGCUGUUCUUGGACUGCGUCAGGCAGGCGGACCUCAAGGAGGUGAAGCUGCUGUCGCCGACGGUCUGCGUCGGACGUUGGUCCGAGAUGGAUCGAGUGGUGACGCCGUGGAGGUGGUGCGAGCAGGUCGUGCCACCCGAGCCGGAGAUCUCGACGGCGGCAGUUCCGCCGGUGGUUGAUGAGCAUCGCCCGGUGGUGCCGACGGCCAACCUGGCGGUCGUCCAUGUGCCGGCGAGCAAAACGCCGGUCGUGGUUUGGGCGCCGCCCUCGACGCAGCAAAGCGUUGUGGUGGCCCAAGAGGUGCCACACGUCAUCAAGGCACCGUCGUCGACGCCAGAAGUGACGGUCAACAUCAAGCAUGGUUUUGCGCACGUCGUGGCGGACGUGGACCCUUGGACGGCCAUGGUCCUGGUUUUUAUGGGCCUUGGUGGGGCUGGAGCCACAUCUUUGGCUGUCUUUUUGGUUUGGCUUGUCAAGUUCAUCAGGAACAAGUCAUCGUACAUGCGGGAACUGGUGCGGAUGCUGACGCCGGAGGAUCAGCAGGAUCCGGAAGCCCAACCAGUGGUAGAUCUGCUGGGGCUGGAAGAGGCGGAUAAACCC